AUGAAUAUUUUAAAAUUAUUAAUAGCCUCACUUUUAGUAAGCUAAAUAUUCGCUGUUUAAGGUGCCGAUGUUAUUUGCAAUUAUAAUACAUGCACAACACUUGGAACUUGCACACAUCCUCCCUCCAAUUUUGCCUACUGGCUUGAGCUGAUAGAAUGGUUCAAACCUGCUAAUACAUGGAAUGACUUAGAUUGGCUUGCCUGUUAUGGAAGUUCCAGAUAAUAUGCUAACUUAGAUAGUUCUGAUUGCUAAACAAAUCCACCUGGUACCAGUGUUAUUUGCUCUACUGAAACAUGCACAACUCCUGGAACUUGUACAGAUAUUCCAACUGCUCCUGCUACCUUGACCUGGUAAAAUGGUAAUUGUUGUGGAAAAUUUGCUAUUACUAGUUGUCCUGAAGAUAGUUCAUAAGGGCUUAUUGGUGCUUCUGAUCUCUUCUGUCACUCUUGUCCUGGAAUCAAUAGUAAUAGCAAUAUUAUAGCUUGGUAUGCUAAUACUGCAUUAACUGAUUGUGUUGCUGCAAGUGCAACUUUUGGUAAUACUAGAACUGCUAAUACAUGGACUAACAAAGAUUACCUUGUCUGUAAUGAAACAAGCACCUAAUAUGAUAAGGCUUAUAAAUCUGGUUGCUAAGCAACAGCUCCUUCUUCUACUUCUUCUCCUUCUCCUUCUUUUUACUCAAACUCAAUGAUAAUUUUGAGCUCAAUUUUAUUUUUAAUUUCAUAUCUUUUCUGA